GUCGGAAGCUCAAUCACGCUGGAAACCUAUGGCUGCUUGCGGCAGCACAGAUCCUCCUUCUACGACAGCAAGUACGGGAGUCCGAAGUCCCAGGCAAAGUGCUCGUUAUCAUGGCCCAUAGGCGCAUACGCGUGUGUGGUCCGCUUGUCCUGGCAGGAGACCACGCACAUGCAAGCACCGGUAAGAUUUGACCAUGACAAGCAUCUGCGCAAGAUGAAGUCCUUCCUGAAGGACUUCAUGGGAGCCUGCCCCAACAGGGAUGUGGAAGCAGCUCCAUUCAACUUCCAGGACCGUGUGGAAAGCGUGGUCCCCAGCUCCCAUCGUUGUUGGAGCCCAAGUAUGCUCUAG